GGGUGUACAUUGUGGCGCUAGUGUCGCUUGAGUCCCGGACAAGUGACAUCCGGACAGGAAAAUUUCAGUGAAAAUUUAUAUAGUGGGGGUUGUUUUGUGAGAUUCCUGGGCCUGUCUCGCGAAUGAGGGUGCUCUGUGGGUUGUGCCAGCGCCCUCACUUCAUCGCUAUCCCAGGUGAUAAUCCUGUUCGGCGACUAUUUCUACAGUCCCAACAGUGAUUCAGGUUUCCCAGCAUCAAUCCACUGAUUUUGCUGACCAGGAAGAUUGCCAGGCAGUGAGAAAUCAUGUCGUGCAACUCAUCCGGCGAGUCGGAGCCGAAGAAGCCAUGCAAGGGAAUCCUGAAGUCGUCCAGCAGCUUCGAUAAACAUUCCGUCACGGCAAUGCAUCGAAAGAGUGCGAAGUUCGACGAGCUCAACGUCCUGCAGACCUAUCAUCCGCCAGACAAGGACUAUGGUCACAUGAAGAUUGAGGAGCCGAAGACGCCCUACAACUACAUGGACUCCAGCAUCAGUCUGGACCAGCUGGACGCAGAGGUGCUGGCGGAGAAGCUGAAAGUGGCCGCCAGCGCCAGGAUGUCCUCCUUCUCCAGCGAAGAUGACUCGGGCGAGGACACAGAGCCGGAAACCGAGGAGCAAAAAGCGAAACGCUUGGAGUUUGAGAAACGACGAAAAGCUCACUACAAAGAGUUCGAAGCUGUGAAAUUGGCCAGAAAGCUGAUAGAGGAGGAGGAGGACGACGAGGAUGACGAGGAGGGGAGCAGUAAGAAGAGUCCGCAGGGUGACAAUAAGAGCGAUCCCGAGGCCGGUGGCUCCACAUCAACUGCUUCCUUGAGAGACACCACAAUUCCCUAGAUUUUUACCAUGAUUAGCCCAGAGCGAGAAUAAAAGUGGAGGUGAAAUCAAUUUGGUAGGCAAACAACUAUAUUUCUAACUUAUUUUUUAUCAAACUAAUUUAAAUGCAAGGAGUGAAUAUUUAGUGGAGAUGUUUUCCCAAAUUCUAAUUGAUAUACCUAAUAGUUAUAAUGUAAGUUUGAUGUUUCGCGUAUGAAGCAAUUUCUCUUCGUGCCAGAAAUAUCAAAAGAAAAAAGGAUGUGUUGAGAGAUUUUAUUUUACCAACUAAAAAUGCAAGUUCACAGGUUUUAUUUACCUUAUCGCUCAAGAGUGUGUGAAGUUCUUCCCUCAAAAUGUAUACCAUAAUACAUUUUUAAAAUGUAAAGAGCCAGGAUGCAAAUAUUCCUCGGUGAAGGAAUAAUAGAAUGGUAAAUACCAUAUUUUUGUAAAUGAUUUUUUCUCAUGCUUGCAUAAUGGAAUUUUUAACAUGUAGCUGAUAAGUUUUUUUUCCUCCCUGUCUCAAUUUUUGUGAAUGCAAGGAAUUUUUUUACACUCGCUCCACCCUUUUUGGAUAAAAGCUAGAGAACAUUAAUGCGUAAUAUUGUAAGAACCAAUUAUUACUGAAGAGACUCUGUGAGUGGAGAAAAAUGGCAAUCUGAAUAACUAAGCAAAUAGAUAACUGUUGUUGGAACAAAGAAAAUGAAACAUUUUAAUCAAAUGCUUUUAGAGGUACAUUUAGCGUGAAGCUUGUAAUUUUUAUUGUUAAAAUUAGGUGGAGAUGAGGCGCCAGAGAAGGAGAAAAAAUGAAGAAAAAAUACUGUUUUUGUGACAAGAGAUUGCUGUAAAUAAUGGAUCAACCAAUUAAAAGAGUUUGACGAGAGCAAA